AUGGAAACCAUCAGCGGGAGACGGGUCGUUGCGAAGCUUCCCAUGUCCGUUGCUGGACUAGCAACAUAUGUGACUAGCUCAGAAGUUGCAACGAUUAGUUACUUAUUUACUGUAAGAAUAAGAGAUGUACAUGUACAUGUACAUAGUAAGCGAUCCAGUCCAACUUCUACGCCCACCCUCUUCCACCCAGACCUACACAAGAGGAACAUCUUUGUCUCCAAGGACAACCCCACAGCCAUCACUGGCUUCAUAGACUGGCAGUCCACCAGCGUCGAACCGGCAUUCGAGUACGCUUACGACGUCCCUGACUUUGCAAGCAUCCCCCCCAGCGGGGCCAUCAGAAAACGCCGAAACAAGUCUCUGCCACCAAGCGUCUGA